ACGUACUGCGUCGCGCGCUUGAUUCACUAGGUCCUUUACUCUGCUAUGUUUUGCUAACCUGCAGCAAUUUUACUUUUUUUCACAUAUUGGUAGAAUGAUGCCUGAGGCCACGGAUGCUCUUUUGGAGCCCGUGGUCCCAAUGAAAAUUGCCAGCGAGCAUGUGGAGCUGGGGUCCAGACCUGAUAAGAAGAAGAAGAAAUCUCGUUCAUCGCAGGGAAAUAGUCUUUCCAAUUUGUUUCGACACUCUGGAUGUGCAGACUAUUUGCUUCUUCUAGGUGGGCUUGUACUAAGCGCGGCAAAUGGUGCAUUACUCCCAUUUAACAGUCUCAUUUUUGAAGGAAUUACAAAUGUUUUGAUGAAAGGAGAAGCUCAAUGGCAAAACGGCACGUUCGAUUAUGACACAUUUAGUAGCGGAAUUCAGCAUUACUGCCUUCUCUAUUUCCUGUUGGGAGUCUUGAUGUUUACGUGUACAUAUUUUUCGAAUGCUUGUCUCUUUACAAUGGCCGAGCGUCGUCUUUAUUGCAUCAGAAAGCACCUCCUUCAAUCUGUCCUUCGUCAAGAUGCAAAAUGGUUUGAUGAAAACACAGUUGGUGGAUUAACACAAAAAAUGAGCAGUGGAAUUGAAAAAAUUAAAGACGGAAUCGGAGACAAGAUCGGAGUUUUGGUUUCUGGAAUAGCAACCUUUAUUAGUGGUGUUGCAUUAGGAUUCUACAUGUGCUGGCAGCUAACGCUAGUUAUGCUGGUAACAGUGCCACUUCAACUUGGUUCAAUGUAUCUAUCUGCAAAGCAUUUGAAUCGUGCUACUAAGAACGAGAUGUCAGCGUAUUCUAGUGCUGGUGGAAUGGCGAACGAAGUGAUCGCUGGUAUCCGAACGGUUAUUGCAUUCAAUGCACAACCAUUUGAAAUUGAACGAUACGGAGCACAACUCGCCAAAGCUAGAAAAAUGGGUAUUCGGAAAGCCAUUGUUCUUGCAUUAUGCAGCGCUAUGCCACUUUUUCUCAUGUUUGUUUUGAUGGCAGGAGCCUUCUGGUACGGCGCGAUACUCACUUCCUACGGAGUCGCAACAUCGGGUACCACAUUUGGAGUGUUUUGGGCGGUUAUAUUGGGAACCAGGCGUCUUGGAGAAGCUGCACCUCACAUGGGGGCAAUCACAGGAGCUCGACUGGCUGUGAAUGAUAUUUUUAAAGUGAUUGACCACGAACCUGAAAUUAACUGUACAAAGCAAGAAGGUAGACGUCCAGAUAAAGUCAAUGGAAAACUUGUUUUCGACAACAUUCAAUUCACUUAUCCAACUAGACCUGACGUCAAAAUUUUGAAAGGAGUCUCAUUCGAAGUGAAUCCGGGAGAAACAAUUGCGCUUGUUGGUCAUUCUGGAUGUGGAAAAUCUACUAGCAUUGGGCUUUUGAUGAGAUUUUAUAAUCAGUGUGCAGGAUCUAUUAAACUGGACGGCAUACCAAUUGAGGAUUAUAAUAUUCAAUGGCUCCGUAGUACAAUCGGAAUUGUUCAACAAGAACCAAUAAUUUUCUUAGCAACAGUGGCAGAAAAUGUUCGUAUGGGAGACGAUUCAAUAACCGAUAAAGACAUCGAAAAUGCUUGUAGACAAGCCAAUGCACACGACUUUAUCGGCAAACUCAGUGAAGGAUAUAAUACUGUAAUUGGCGCAGGGGCUGUGCAGCUGUCCGGUGGCCAAAAACAACGUGUGGCCAUUGCAAGAGCAAUUGUCAGAAAACCACAAAUUCUACUUCUUGAUGAAGCAACUAGUGCUCUGGAUACUGAAAGUGAGCGUAUGGUACAGACUGCAUUGGAUAAAGCUUCAGAAGGAAGAACUACUUUGUGCAUUGCUCAUCGAUUAAGCACUAUCAGAAACGCAAGUAAAAUUCUGGUUUUUGACCAAGGUCUUAUUCCUGAAAGAGGCAUUCAUGAUCAGUUAAUUCGUCAAAAUGGAAUUUAUGCAAACAUGGUUAGAGCUCAGGAAAUAGAAAAAGCCAAAGAUGACACCACCCAAGAUGAUGAUGAAUUGGUGGAAGAGGAUAACUAUUCAAUCUCCCGACGUCUUUCGACAUCUGAGGAAGAGUUGCGCAAAAGCAAGAGUCUUCUUCGAGACUCGACACGUUUCAGCCAAAGUAUGCUCAGUGUCACUUCCCAAGUACCAGAUUGGGAGAUGGAAAGUGCCCGUGAAGAAAUGAUUGAAGAAGGUGCAAUGGAAGCAUCAAUGAUGGAUAUCUUCAGAUUUGCAAAACCAGAAAAGAUGAACAUUGUUAUUGCUCUGAUAUUCACACUAAUCAGAGGAAUCACGUGGCCAGCAUUCUCUGUUGUGUAUGGACAACUUUUCAAAGUAUUUGCUGAAGGAGGCGAAGAUCUGCCAGUGAAUGCCUUAAUCAGCUCACUUUGGUUCGUUCUUCUGGCUGUUACCUCUGCUGUGACCACUUUCAUUUCUGGAAGUCUUCUUGGAAAAACUGGAGAAACAAUGUCAAGUCGGCUUAGAAUGGAUGUGUUCAAGAAUAUUAUGCAGCAAGACGCUACGUACUUUGAUGAUCCAAAGCACAACGUUGGAAAUUUGACUUCUCGUUUAGCAACUGAUUCUCAAAAUGUUCAAGCGGCGAUUGAUCACCGACUCGCCGAAGUUCUUAAUGGAGUUGUCUCCUUAUUCACCGGAAUUGCGGUUGCUUUCUGGUUUGGCUGGAGUAUGGCACCAAUUGGUCUCAUAACUGCUCUUCUUCUUGUCAUUGCUCAAAGUGCCGUAGCUCAAUAUCUCAAAUACCGUGGCCCUAAAGAUAUGGAAUCAGCAAUUGAAGCUAGUAGAAUAGUCACGGAAUCAAUUUCUAACUGGAAGACUGUUCAAGCAUUAACAAAACAAGAGUACAUGUUCCACGCAUUUACAGCUGCAUCCAAAAAUCCUCGAAAAAGAGCAUUCACUAAAGGAUUAUGGCAAUCUCUAUCAUUUGCACUUGCUGGAAGUUUCUUUUUAUGGAAUUUUGCAAUUGCGUAUAUGUUUGGUCUUUGGCUAAUUUCCAACAAUUGGACAACUCCAUUUGCAGUGUUUCAAGUUAUUGAAGCGUUGAAUAUGGCGUCGAUGAGUGUUAUGAUGGCAGCAUCUUAUUUCCCCGAGUACGUCAGAGCAAGAAUUUCAGCCGGAAUCAUGUUUACCAUGAUCCGCCAAAAAGCGAAGAUUGACAAUCGCGGGCUCACAGGAGAGACACCGGAUAUCCGAGGAGACAUCUCAAUGAAGGGAGUCUACUUUGCAUAUCCAAAUCGUAACCGCCAACUUAUUCUCAACAAUUUCAACAUGUCAGCUCAGUUUGGAGAGACUGUUGCUCUUGUUGGACCAUCAGGUUGUGGAAAGAGUACAUCUAUUCAAUUGAUUGAGCGGUAUUAUGACGCCAUUUGUGGAGCUGUAAAAAUUGAUGACCAUGACAUUCGAGACAUCUCUGUCAAACAUCUCCGCCACAAUAUUGCUCUUGUUGGCCAGGAACCCACACUUUUUAAUCUUACUAUACGCGAGAAUAUUACAUAUGGACUUGAAAACGUGUCUCAAGAACAAGUUGAAAAAGCAGCAACCCUGGCUAACAUCCAUAGUUUUGUUGAAAAUCUACCGGAAGGAUAUGAUACUUCCGUUGGUGCUUCUGGCGGACGAUUAUCUGGUGGCCAAAAACAACGUAUUGCUAUUGCAAGAGCAAUUGUCAGAAAUCCAAAAAUUCUCCUUCUCGACGAAGCCACGUCCGCGCUCGAUACAGAAAGUGAAAAAAUUGUACAGGAAGCUCUGGAUAAAGCGAGACUUGGAAGAACUUGUGUUGUUAUUGCUCAUCGUCUUUCAACUAUUCAAAACGCCGAUAAGAUUAUUGUUUGUCGGAACGGAAAAGCUAUUGAAGAAGGAACACAUCAAACGCUACUUGCUCGACGGGGAUUGUACUACAGACUGGUCGAAAAACAAUCCACUUAAUUCCUAUUUACCCAUAUCAAAAAAUAUGUUUCAAAAAAUAUCGUAAGAACACAUUUCCUCACUUGUUCAAAUUUCACUUUCCCUGUUCCUUGUUUUACAGACUGUUUCCUACUCUUGUUAUUCAUAAACGAAUAUUCGAUU